UUGUAAAAAAAAAAAAAAAAACAUUUAAGUGAAACUUACCAUCAGGUGAGAACCCGACCUCCAGGGCAUAACCAGAGCAGCUAUAGCCUUUAAAUGCCUUCUUUCUGUUUUGUCUAUACUUCUCUACCGCAGAGUACACAUACAUGCAAUUGUCUAAUGACUGACAUAGAAGUGACUUUCCAUUUGGGCGAAGAGCAAUUCUAGGCAUAGAGUGCAUUGUAGGAUCUGCGAUGUAUUUAAUGGGUAUUGGAGUACCAUAUUCCCAGUAUCUCAUAGAAGAAUCUUCGGAGGUCGACACAAAUCGCUCGCCGCCCUCAAUGAAAAUUAACGAAUUAACAGGACCAAGGUGUUGCUCGUACGUUUGAACAACAUCAUUGGUUCUUGUGUCAAAUUGUAAAAUUCGUUUAUCCGCCAUGCCUGCUAAGAAUUCAGUCGGUUUGUUUGGGUUAGUCUGAAAGCGUACACAAUGUGUAAGCCUUCCGCUUGCAUAUCUUUGCAUACAUUUUCCCGUCUCAGUAUCCCACAGCUUUAGUGUUUUAUCAUACGCACAACUAAGAAACAUUUUUCCAUCUGGACCGAAACACAAGUCUCUUAUAGACUUGGAAUGUCCGCUGAAAGUUCUGAGUAAUGAACGGUCGUGAUAUGUAGACCAUAUCUAUGAACCUAUGUUAGUAUAACUGCGACAUACGAGAAUCGUGUUUACCUUGACAUCUGUGUCUAAAGAACCGGAUAAAAGUAGAUGUCCGGUAUUCGGAAAAAAUCGCAAUGCUGAAAUGCCCUUUUUGUGACCCGUCCAUGUGUGAAUUUGCUUUUUAGGAAUAUAACACGUCUGUUCUCCAGGCUCUCUUAAUAAAUUGAUACCUGUGUCCGUAGGUACAUGCAAGUACGUUCUACCCUGGUAGUCAAACUCACUUUCACCGUGAAAUACAGUCGUUUCUUUUUGUUUUGUCGGUGCUAUAGGAGCGAUAGCUGCAGAUGCUUCUUGUUCGGAUGACAAAUCAGUGACUGAUUCCUCAACUUUACUGGGAACUUCAACUUCUCCAUUACCUUGAACACUUUCGACCUCUAAGACUUCAUCAGGAUCUGAUACUGACUCAGGCUUUGAAUACUUAGCCCAAGGGCCUUUGUACGCAUUCUCGCCGUGAAGGAUAGAGGGAUCUCCGGAUGUUUCUCUCAGUUUUUUAAAUUCUUGUGCACUUCUUUUAUUGGCAUGUACGCUCGCAAUGUCGACAAUUGCAUCAGUACCGUCUUCGUUCAGUUUCCGUUUGACCACUUCGCCGAACUUUUGAUAAGUGUGAAAGUUCUGGUCAAAUGUAAGAUUUGAGACGUACUCUUUUUCCAGGUAUCCCGUUAUGGUAUUUUUCUUGCUAUCUUGCUCUUUGGUUUUGUAUGGAUUGUACGGACCUAACUCCGGCCUCGCUAGUUCCUGGAUACUAACAUUCUUUACAAGUUGGCCAUUUUGCAAUCCUUUAACAACAGAACUCUCUGAUUCUGUGAACUUGAUGUCGUUAGUCUCGAUUUUUAAAUUCACUUUCAAUCUUACAGUUUCAACCACGGUUGGUGUCGAUUCCACUCUGAUUGAGGCAGAUGUAGUUUGAUCUGAUGCGUCACUGCUGUCAGAAUCGCUUGUAUAUCCAGAUACAAGCAUAUUCAUCUUGUUUUCAACCCAAUUGGUGUUGCAAUUUUUAUUGUAUUAAUAGCUGAAGUGGUGGACCAUGAUGGCUAACUAGACACGAAAAUCAGGUCUCCGAACGCGAAUACCUUCUGUUAAUAAGAGCGUCUGUAACCGAGCGUGAGUUAGGUUUUUUACUGUUGCAAUCCAAUGUUUUUCUCAUAAAACGCGAAAUUUACCAGUAGUGUCGCGUCCUUUUCACGAUACUUCAAAUUAAGUGUAUUAAGACGCGUUGUCAACAUUGAGCAAAAAGAUUAUAAAUCGAGUCACUAGUUCUUUCUUACUAAUAAAGCUUGUGUUAACAAAUAUAUUUUAAUGUGGCUUCUUCAAUCUUCUGAAAUUCAAAGAUAUCUCUUCCCUGGGAAAUAUGUUUUAGGAAGAGCCGUGAAAAAUUCCGAAAAAACAAUACGAUUCACUUCAAAAUCCGUCAGCAAAAAACAUGCUAACAUCUACAUUUUCCCACCUGUGCUUCAGGAUAAAAAAUCAUAUUCUUGUCAAGUUGUCGUCGAAGAUUUAGAAACGAAGUUUGGAACAACAGUGAAUGAAACGUUCUUGAUAAACAAAAAGCACAAAUUUGAUACUCAUCAACUUGAGCUGAAGCUGGGAAAAAGUCCGGAGACGAUUGUUCUCAAAUGGGAAGCAUUAGUUUUGGGCGUUUCUAACUUAAGCCUAAUACAAGACUUUGCUCCUUCACUUGAACAUAUGGGUAUUCCCGUUCAAGACACGAAUCCCGUGGAAACGAUAACGCACUAUAUUACAGCAGGGGAUAUCAAUGCUUCUGCUUUACCGGAGCUUGUACUCGCUUUUAUCUAUGGAAAGUUCAUUGUCACAUCUGCGUUUGUUAGUACACUAUGCAGUAUAGAAACGGACUACGUCAAACAAGCAGGGUCCAUUCCACCUGCGUCAGAGUAUCUCCCUCAUAUUUCUAUUGGCUCUGAGCAGACGUUUCGUUCCCCGAAGGCUAUCGUGGGAAGUUGCAGCGGCAUUCGUUGCUUUGUGUUUGACGGCGUACUUCAACUCAAACCCAUUUUGGAUGCUUUGGGAAUACAAAGCGCCGCAUCUUCCGGAGAAGACAUACAACAAUUAAGCUCGCUUCUCUUUAGCGGUGAUGCGGCGAUUGACUUUGUUGUUGGAACAUCAGAGGAACCCACUGAAGAGUUUACGCGGUUACUUUCCACAAAGGGACUCACAUACUAUAACAUAAAACAAUUCUUCUCCCUUAUACUCGGCAAAGAUGAAUUAUCAACUGUGUUGAAAGGCAAACCAAAACGGACAAGAACACCCAAAACACUCUCGAGGACAAACAGUUCUGCAAGACAAACACCUAAGAAGCGAGAUGUUAUGCAAGAACUGUUUGGCUUUGAAGCAUCACUUCCAGCGAAACCGUCUCCAGAAAAACAAGUUUUUGACAGUGCGGCAACAUCCCCACAGUUGCCAAAGAAAAUAGCAACUUCAAAGAAAGAAAGCAGAUCCAUUGAGGUAAUUGUUCCUUCAUCUCGAAGUAUACAACCGCCCAAACAUGUACUUCCUCCUGACUCUACUCAACAAGCAGCUCUUUCACAAAAGCAUCCCAUUCAUGAACCAGCAACUCCAAGUCGUACAGAAGCAGUCCAACCUCUUAACCAAACUGGAUUGAAUACUCAAGCUGAGCCAUGCAAUCCGGGCAUCGUUGAGUUUGUUCGGGUGCAGUUACCAGUCAAGCAAGUCUCCUCUGCAUCAAGUCCUGCUUCGAGAUAUCGUAAAAGGAAAAACUUCAAAGCAUUCACACGAAUUCAUACGAAAAACAAGGUUGCACCGGUAGCUUACGUUUCUGUUUCAGAAUUUAAAAAGACAAACGAGUUUGGUGAUGAUUUUUCUGAGCCCGUUCCGAAGCUUAUGCGGAAAUUAUCCAGAGAUAAUGCACACGUGUCCUCCCUCUCCUCAACUUCCUCUUCUAAUAGAACUUCUGAGGUUGCAGCUACUUCUUCUCAUUCCGUGCCAGAACAAAAUAACGACGAUGACCUGAAGUUUCGCUUCUAACAAAAAAGCCUUAGCAUAUUAGUUUAAGUGCUCGUUUGACGAGCAUGUCCUUCAAAAAAAUGUUAGAUGUUCAAUAAUUUAAUAUUCCAUUUACUGUUUCAUACAGACUACAAUGUGGAACAAAUUACCGUGAACGAGUCAAGUUUAAAUGCAAUUGUUCUAGGAAAUGCAUUAUCGGUUAAAUACA